GAAGAUGAAAAUGAUGGAGAAGGAAGGUAGCCAUGUUGAAAAGAAAAAGGGUGGAUUGAUCACCAUGCCCUUCAUCUUCGCUAAUGAGAUUUGUGAGAAGUUGGCUAUGGUGGGUUUUAGCACUAAUAUGAUUAGCUACUUAACACAACAGCUUAACAUGCCCCUGAUCAAAGCAGCCAACACCAUCACUAAUUUCAAUGGCACUGCGAGCUUGACACCAUUGCUCGGGGCCUUCGCUGCCGAUGCAUUUGCCGGACGGUUCUGGACCAUAACAGUUGCUUCCAUCAUAUACCAAAUGGGAUUGAUAUGUUUGACAAUAUCAGCAAUACAACCAAAGUUGAGGCCUCCACCAUGUGAAGCUGAGCAAGUGUGCCAAGAGGCCAAUUCCCGGCAACUGGCAAUCCUUUACAUCUCUCUUCUACUGACGGCGUUGGGGGCCGGUGGAAUCCGGCCUUGCGUGGUGGCAUUCGGAGCAGACCAAUUCGACGAAGCAGACCCUAAGCAAAAGAGUAGGACAUGGAAGUACUUCAACUGGUACUAUUUUUGCAUGGGGUUUUCGAUAUUAUUGGCAGUGACCGUGAUUGUUUACAUUCAAGAUCAUGUUGGAUGGGGAUGGGGACUUGGAGUCCCUACCAUAGCUAUGGCUUUAUCGAUCAUAGCUUUCAUUUUCGGAUACCCUUUGUAUCGAAAUUUAGAUCCAGCAGGGAGCCCAUUUACGCGUUUAUUACAAGUAUGCGUCGCUGCUGUAAGAAAGAGAAACCUGGACAUGGUUUCUGAUCCUAAAUUGCUCUACCAGAAUGAGGCGCUUGAUGCUCCAAUUUGUGUAGCUGGGAAGCUUCUUCACACUAAGCAUAUGAAAUUUCUCGACAAGGCAGCCAUUGUGACCGAAGAAGACAACCUCAAAACUUGUCAAACGCCGAAUCUGUGGAGGCUAAACACCGUUCACAGAGUUGAAGAAUUAAAAUCCGUGAUCCGAAUGGGACCGAUAUGGGCAGCUGGAAUCAUCAUCAUCACAGCCUAUGCCCAACAACACUCUUUCUCACUCCAACAAGCCAAAACCAUGGACAGACACCUCACAAAGUCCUUCCAAAUCCCCGCAGGCUCCAUGACCCUCUUCACCAUGAUCUCCAUGCUCGCCACAAUCGUCUUCUACGACCGCAUCUUCGUCCCUAUCGUCCGUAGAUUCACAGGCCUAGACCGGGGCAUCUCCUUCCUGCACCGGAUGGGCAUUGGCUUUGUCAUUUCCAUACUAGCCACCCUAGUUGCUGGCUUCACUGAAGUAAAGCGAAAACGUGUGGCCAUGGCCUAUGGUCUCGUCAACAAGCCUCAUGCCACCAUUCCCAUCUCGGCAUUCUGGCUCGUGCCACAGUACAGCCUUCAUGGCAUCGCUGAGGCCUUCAUGUCCAUUGGACACCUCGAGUUUUUCUAUGACCAGGCACCCGAUAGCAUGAGGAGCACUGCGACAGCGUUGUUCUGGACUUCCAUUUCACUCGGGAAUUAUCUCAGUUCCUUCUUGGUUUCGCUAGUACACAAAUUUAGUGCUGGUCCCGGUGGCUCAAAUUGGCUUCCUGAUAACUUGAAUAAGGGGAAGUUGGAAUACUUUUACUGGUUGAUCACAUUGUUGCAGGUUGUUAAUCUUGUUUAUUACCUGUGCUGCGCAAAGUUCUACACUUUUAAACCCAUUGAGAUUCGCAGAACUGAAGAUGAUAAGUACUCCAAAGAAGAUCAAAUUAAGCUUGCAACCCAUGUUUAGUUGCAUUCUUAUGUCAUGGUUAGUUUAAAAAAACAGUGUAGACUCGUUUUAUUUCCUACUUGUUAAGCUUAUAGGAUCAAUUAGUUUAUCUAUAGUGUGCUAAUGUGUACAAUAUAAUAAUUAAAUGGAGUGAACUUUUUGCCAUAAAGUAUCAAGGACACAAAUUUUCCUUCUUUCCCGGAUUAACAUUUGCAAAGCAAGUAUUGUUUCUUUUGUUUAAUUCUAGUGAAGUGUAAUUUUCAAUUUAGUCAUGUCAUAUUGUUCAAAAAAAAGAAAAAAAAAAUCGAAUUUAAUUGAGUUGGUCAAUUAAGGUGUUUUAAUAUUGUAUGGUAUUAUAAUUUGAGAUUUAAAUUGAGUUGGUCAAUGUUGU